CGCGCUUUUAAAGUUCCCUCCGCGCGCGAGCUCCUCCCCUCCGCGCGCACGCCGCCGUUCGUUGGCUCGACGCAGCUCAUUUGCAUUGACGUCAUUCGAGGCUGUAGGUCAAUCCGUGCGCGUGCUUUUAUUGGAUCUGCUGCUGUCACAUUCGCGCCGCUGAUGUUCUCAACGCGCGUUAUUCUUCGUCAUGAAACUCGCGACGCGCAAACGCCUUUCUUUCCGUCUUCUGGCAGCCGUGCGUCCCCUUUUUUCGUCCGUCUGAGGCAGAAUCGUAGGCCCGUGAUUGACAGCUGCUGUUUAAGUCAGGUUCCGCGAGGUCCGCGUUGACGCGCCGCUCCGGAGUUUCAUCUAACGGCCCGUUUGAUGUCAUAAAUGCCGGAUCGCGCGUUCCGCGGCAGAUUUCAGCCUGUUGAUGGGGAGCGAAAUCAACACGCCGGCUCGUUCCCAAUGACUGAGGCUGCAGGAGCAGAAAGAGAGGCCGUGCGGACCCAUCGGGUGUGUUUGGCGCCUGUCGAAGGAGAAUAAACGCUCGAACGCGCCGCACAAAUGGACGAAACCGUCGCGUGAAUCGAGCCGGAGCCUGAAAUCCGCCAGAAAAGAGGAGAAGUUCAUGCGCGGACGCUGAGGAUGAGGAGUAACGGGCGCGAGUGAAGCGCAGAGGGGGUGAGGGAGCAACAUGAGCAGAGUUUCUAUUUGAUCAUCGAUAGAUCUGAUCGAUCCGAUCGUCUUGAUGAUCUGAGAGAGAAUCCUUCCUAUUAGCGCAGUACGAGAGGAGCGUCGCGCGGGUGAAUGAUGGGCUGCGCCUCCAGCAUUCACAUCUCCGAUCGGGUGGUUUAUCACAGCGGGAAAGAGUCGGAGGACUCGCACUCUCCGCCGCAGAACUGCGCUCAGCAGCCGGGCCACAUCAGACCCAGCGCCCGUCAGAGCACGUUAACGGAGGUGCAGUUUGGACCGAUGAAGCUGUAUGAAGAUCAACUGCAGGUACUGUUAGUGUUUGCCAAAGACGACGCUCAGAGUAACAGCUUCUGCUGGGCCUGUGAGCGCUCCGGGUUCAGGUGUAAUGUGGCCCGAACGCCAGAAGCGGCGCUGGAGAGUUUCCUGGAGAAGAACCACGAUCUGAUCAUCAUCGAUCACAGACAUUCCAGAUGCUUCGACGCUGAAGCUCUCUGUCGCUCAAUUCGAGCCGUCAGCUGCUCUCACAACACUGUGAUUGUGGCUGUAGUGAAAAGGCCGGAUCGUGAAGAAGCCACUGUGAUGCCGCUGAUAUCAGCAGGAUUUAACAGGCGAUAUGUGGAAAACUCCAACAUGAUGGCCUGUUAUAAUGAACUCCUCCAACUCCAUCAUGGAGAAAUACGAGCUCAGAUCAAACUCCGAGCCUGUAACGCUGUUUUUACUGCACUGGAACAGAGUCAGGAAGCCAUUGAGAUCAGCAGUGAAGAUCAGAUCAUACAGUACGUCAAUCCAGCGUACGAGUGCAUCAUGGGAUACCAGCGUGGAGAACUGCUGAAGGAAAACACUGAAGUGCCUAAGAGUGAAAAAAACAAACCAGACCUGCUGGACAACAUCAGUUCCUGCAUCCAUAGAGGGAAAGAGUGGCAGGGGGUUUAUUAUGCCAAAAAGAAGAACGGAGACAGUGUGCAACAGAACGUGAAGAUGACGCCUGUCAUCGGACAGGGAGGUAAAGUCAGGCACUGUGUGUCUGUUAACAGGCCUUUAAAUGACCAUAACAAGCCCUGCGAGCGAGUCCAGGCCGAGUCACAGACAGAUGUUCAGCAGUCCAGCAAAUAUAAGGACCGCAGGAAAGGAUCACUGGAUGUUCGAUCAACGACCUCUAGAGGAAGUGAUGGUGCAGUCGUACAGUGUUUUCAGAUCUUCUUGUGUUUAGCAGGAAGUUCUCAGAGGAGACACUCGUCUAUGGCCAGAAUUCACUCCAUGACUAUUGAAGCUCCCAUCACUAAGGUGAUAAACAUCAUCAAUGCGGCUCAGGAGAGCAGUCCGAUGCCGGUGGCCGAAGCGCUGGACCGUGUGCUGGAGAUCCUGCGGACGACAGAGUUAUACUCGCCUCAGUUCGGUACUAAAGAGGAAGACCCUCAUACUAACGACCUGGUGGGCGGCUUAAUGACCGACGGACUGCGCAGGUUAUCAGGGAACGAGUACAUCCUCGCCACUAAACAGCUGCAUCACAUCCCAAGUCACCUGACCACACCACUGUCCCUCAACGAUAUCCCAACAUGCAUUGCUCAGACGAUGGAAAACGAAGACUCGUGGGACUUUGAUAUUUUCAACCUGGAGUCGGCCACCAUGAAGCGGCCUCUGACGUUUCUGGGCUUGAAGAUCUUCUCCCGGUUUGGUGUUUGUGAGUUUCUGAGCUGUCCAGAGGCGACGCUGCGCUCGUGGCUGCAGAUCGUCGAGGCCAACUAUCACUCCAGUAACUCCUACCACAACUCCACACACGCCGCAGACGUGCUGCACGCCACCGCUUACUUCCUGCGCAAGGAGCGCGUCAAGCAAAGUCUGGACCCCAUAGAUGAGGUGGCGGCCCUGAUCGCUGCUACUGUGCAUGAUGUCGACCAUCCUGGACGUACGAACUCCUUCCUGUGUAACGCAGGAAGUGAACUGGCCAUACUGUACAACGACACGGCCGUGCUGGAGAGUCACCACGCGGCGCUGGCCUUCCAGAUCACCACACGAGACGACAAGUGCAACAUCUUCAAGAACAUGGAGAGGAACGAGUACCGGACGCUCCGGCAAGCCGUCAUAGACAUGGUCCUCGCCACUGAGAUGACCAAACACUUCGAACACGUCAACAAGUUUGUCAACAGCAUCAACAAACCGCUGGCAGCACUGGAGGAGAACGAGGGCAGCGGUGAUGAGGACUCGGUGAAGAACAUCCUCACGGCUCCAGAGAACCGGAUCCUGGUGAAGCGGAUGUUGAUCAAGUGUGCUGAUAUCUCCAACCCCUGCCGGCCGCUGGAGCUCUGCAUCGAGUGGGCCGGACGCAUCUCAGAGGAGUACUUCGCUCAGACGGAUGAAGAGAAGCAGCAGGGUUUGCCAGUGGUGAUGCCCGUGUUUGAUCGCAACACCUGCAGCAUUCCCAAAUCCCAGAUCUCCUUCAUCGAUUACUUCAUCACGGACAUGUUUGACGCCUGGGACGCAUUUGCCGAUCUGCCCAAUCUAAUGCAGCAUCUGGACAACAACUUCAAGUACUGGAAGGGUUUGGAUGAGCAGAAGCUGCGGAGCCUGCGGCCGCCGCCGGAGUGAUGGCACUGGGACGAGCGGAGCGGCACACAGCCGACGGGAAACACCGGCCUCGCUUCCUCCGGCUCUGGAGCCAUGUUCAUGUCCUGGUGUUACCUGUUUAUUUAUCAUUUAAUAACUAAUGAUGAGAAUCAUGUUAGCUGAUAAAUGAGACGUGAUCUAAACGCCAAAGGUGAUUGAGACGAGGGCUGAUGUUGUUGUUAUCAUCUGUAUGUGAUGUCUGCAGACUGAGGCAGUGGUUAUUUCCUGCCUGAAGACUUUCAACCGUUUUCCUCCGGAGCUUUUUCUAUGUGGUCGAUCUACUGACGAGACUGCUGCCUUAUUUUAUACGCUCUAUUUAUACGGCGCUGCUGACCCGUGACGGACACCUGCAGUUUUUAACACACUCAUGUUAUAUGAAGUAAAUCUCAAUAUUUUUAUAGAUAAUAAUUUUACACUGGAACGAUGUAAAGCAUCUCAGACUGCUGGGAGAGAGACGAUCGCUUCACUCUUCACGUCCGGCGGAUCCUCGCUCUGUCCUUCAUCAGGGUUUUGAUUAUUCCCGUUGGUUCUGUGACUCUCGGAGCGGCUGACGCUGAUUUACUCCACAACCGUCAUAAAGCUGAAGAUUUGUGUGCUUCAUUUCGUCCCACCAGCACGUCUCCGAUUUGAAAAGAAAUCCAGAUCAUCUUCCUGCAGACGAGCGCAGACGGUGAAGAAUCUGCCGUCACGAUGGACCGUCAUUGUGAACUUUGGAGUUUCGGGCCCGUGGCCUUUAGCCCGGCUCAUUUUUCGCUCCAGAAUUAAAAGAAAAAUGAGAUUCUAUUUUGUAUUUAGGACCAUUAUGAUCUUUUUGCUUUGUGACAUUAUUUUCAUGAUGAAUUACCUCUUUAAAUUCCACUUUAAAUUCUCAUCUGUAAUGUCAAAAGGAGUUAUUUAAAUUGUAAAGUAUUUCUACAUCAUUGUAGUAUUUGUUGUACUGCCCUUUUUGAUUUAAUAAAAAGCUAUUUUUUAUUGUAAUGCAGAACUACAAUAAUAAAACUAAUGUCCAGGUGA